GGCAACAAUUGAGUCCCCUACCUCACCGGUCAGCUCAGCAGGCGCCCGAUUCGCGCCGCCCUCCCCCUUCGCUCGCGCCCGACUUCUGUCGCCGUUCGCCGCCGCAGAGCGCAUACACCGCGGCGCGCCCCGAGUGGAUGUGGUGGGAGGAGGUGAGGAGGAGGGAACGCGGGGAGCUGCGCCCGCGGCGCUUCGAGGCCCUCGCCCGCUCGCGCCGCGCUGCCUCGCUCGCGCUCUCCAACCGCAAGGAGAUCGCGACCCCGCACCUCGGCGCCGUCAACUCCCUCCAGGUUGAUUUGACAGAGGGGAGGUACCUGCUCUCGGGGGCGUCGGACGGGUCGGCCGCCGUCUUCGAUCUCAAGGACGCGACGGAGUACGAGGCCGGGUUCAUAGCCAAGCACAGGAGCAUUCUGCUCGUGGACAGGCAGCAUCAGCAUGGCCACAAGUUCACCGUCUCCAAGGCCAUCUGGUAUCCUGUGGACACCGGGCUGUUCGUCACGGCCUCCUUCGAUAACUAUGUCAAAGUGUGGGAUACCAAUUCCAGUCAAGUGGUCAUGGAUUUUAAGAUGCCCGGAAAAGUGUACAGUGCUGCAAUGUCCCCAAUUGCAACAACGCAUAUGCUCAUCGCAACCGGAAGCGCAGACGUUCAGGUCCGUUUGUGUGAUAUUGCUUCCGGAGCCUUCACUCACACGUUGUCCGGUCAUCUUGAUGGUAUCAUGUCUUUGGAGUGGUCUACCUCAAGCGAGUGGAUCCUAAUGAGUGGUGGCUGCGACGGGGCGAUACGUUUUUGGGACAUAAGACGAGCUGGAUGCUUCCUUGUCCUUGAUCAGUUACGGUCUCAGCUAGGAAGACGGCCUCCCAUUAUUGAUAGCACCACGGACAACGUAUGCUUGCCGUCAUCCUUUACUUUUAUCUGCUUCUGGCAGCAUCAGAAGAACUUAGGACGUUCAUCUUCAUCAAAGAGUUACUCAGUUCAGCAGAGGACAGGCAAUCAUAAGAAGCAGUCCAAAGCACUACGCAAAAGUCUAACCAUGGUACGUGGACAUACGCAACAGAAAGUGCAUCCCGGUAUGUCAUCCAGUCAAAAUCAUAAAACAGCUCAUUAUGGUGCUGUUACAGGAUUAAGAACAACAACAGAUGGGAUGCACCUUCUUAGCUCAGGAUCUGAUUCUCGUUUAAGACUCUGGGAUAUCGAUUCAGGCUGCAAUACUUUGGUCAAUUUUGAAGCCAUGCGAUUGCAAACUAGCAAGCCACUACAAUUAGCUGUCACUGAUGAUCCAUCACUUGUUUUCAUUCCAUGCAUGUCAAGCAUCAAGGCAUACAAUACAUGGUCUGGUACGACAUUUCAAACAUUCCGUGGGCAUUAUGACCAUGUAAAUUGCUGCUACUAUAACUCACAAGACCAAGAACUCUAUACUGGUAGCAAUGAUCGACAAAUUCUUGUGUGGUCUCCAUCGACUCCUGCUUUGACUGAAAUGGAAGACGAUGACAAGCGGCAAGAGGGUUUUGCAGCUGAUGAGGAUAACUGGAGUGACUAAGAACUUAUGAGUUUUUUGAGGGAGAGAACUUAUGAGUUGAUCAUGUGUAUAUACAAGGUUACUAACAAUAUUGACACAAGUGAUGCCGAAAUAAAAUCAGGGGUCUUAUUAGGCAUUACACGAACCAGUAAUUACUUGUGUUUGGUUACCACUCUGAGAGGAUGCUGCACAUUAGGAUUUGAAUUUUUUGUAGUUCAUUGAAACUUAUGUAUUCAGACAUCAUCACAAAAAGAGGAGAGUACUAUGUAUGGUUCACCCAACUGUUAUUUAUGUACCUUUUUCUUGCUAAA